AUGGAACCGGAGCCGUCCCUUGCCGCUCUCCUCAAGGCUAUCACAGCCCUCACAGCCACAGUCGGGUCCUUGCAGGACCAAAUCAAAUCACAAGGCAAGCAAAUCAAAUCACAAGGCAAGCAAAUCACACAGCUUACCGCCAUAUGCAAGGAAACCAACAACCUUGUUGGGGACAAGGACCAGGGCGGAGCCCAAACCAAGCCUGGCCCAUUGACUGGGCCUGUCACCCCUCCUACCCACUCAGGAGGGGAAGCCCACACUCCAGGCACGGUUAGGCCUGGGCUCAAGGCCCCAUUCCGCCCUUCAAGAGGAACAGGGUUUGACUCCGAGGAAGAAGAAGAACUGUCCUAG